CCUCCUCUCUCUCUCUUCUCCUUUGAUGCCAAAUCCCAUCCCUCGACCGGGCGAGGAGCGCCGUGAGUGGCUGAGAGGACUGAGCGUCCAUUGCAACAGCUGCGACUUGCCUCUAUCCAACACAGGAGUUGGCGGAAUUGAGCUCAGUGCAGAACGACGAAACAGCGGCUUUGUCACGCAUUGCCCCAGCCCCGGACCAGCAGCCCAAACGCAGAUCGACAUAUCGCUACAUUCAUGACCGGACAGGGAUUAAGUGGCGAAGGAGACAAUUUCACAGAAGAGAUUGAACGGAUUUUACGCAGGACUGCCGGGUUUUAGGAGUGCCCCUGGUGACCAUGGAUAAAGCUUUGCAUAUCCUACAGAAACCGACAGACUCAACCGACAAGGCCCUUGGCGGUGGAACGGGAAUAGCUCUGGAUAUGAGUAUAGGGGACCGGGAAUUCACGGAACAAUCUAUUAGACUUAGCAAUAAAAUCCCGUUAGUGAAGCCCUAUUUAAAAAAUAAACACAAACAGAGGAAACUGGACUCAAAAUGCCUCCGUGCACUCCAGGACCCGAUCCUGACCACAUUACUGAGUACGGAAGCUCUUGUUACGGGAGACGGAGUGUUUGUCCCCAGGAACCCUCCGCCAAGGACAGCUGGGAACCUGUGCACUGCUGUGGUGGUCAAACAGGCACGGAUUGGUGGGCCUGUGUGCCGGAAAGAAUCGUCAGCUACCGGUGUAACGGCUAUGAUUACCGGUGACACGGAAAUGGCGGACGCCGCCGCUGAGUUGGAGGAGACAGAGGGGGGGGUAACCAAGGUGCCGGUCGAUCUCCAGCGUGUGACAGUAGACUCUAACGAGCGCAGAUUCCAGCUCAAACUUCACCCGCGGGCGCGAGAUGUGGCGGUGGCACCCCCCACACCUGAUACCCCUCUAGUAUCCCCUCCAAGCGAGGGGGGAAACACGAUGAUUGACCUAUUUGCUUCUAAAGCCUUGCGGGGGGCAACUUGCCUCACCAUUAAAGACAAUAAGAACACCCCCGGUCUUCAGACCGACAAAGGCGAGAUAUUUCAGGAUAAAAGCGAAGAGGCCUCCCUGGAUCUAGUGUUUGAUCUGCUAACCCAGCUCCAGUAUCACACGCACCAAGCCGACUCCGUUUCCAUCUGCGUGGAUUUCCUGCAGGGGUUGUGUGUGUACGGGAGUGACUGCGCUUACCACCAUACUGUGCUACCCUAUCACUGGCAGAUCUGCAGGAGUGAUACUGAAAGCUGGCAAAGCCUUGCGGAUGAUUCACAGGAUCAGUUGGAGAGGCUUUAUUGCAACCCGGACAAUGAACAAGUCAGGCUCAAGUUUCAGGGUCGUGUGUUUUCUUUAGACUUCACUACGAUGCGUGUAUGUGACCUGGAGUUCGACCGUGUCAGACGGUUGACCACUCCCUCCAGCCCUGCCGCCCCGCCCCCAAACACAAACCCCACCCCUAACUGCCACACAGUGUGGAAAUACUACUGCAGAGACAACUUCGGCUGGAGAGAAUACUCUGAGCCGGUAGUGCGUCUGAUAGAGGAGGCUAGUGGUCGUGGUCUGAAGGAGGUCCGUUUCAUCACCCUACAGAACCAGUACAUCCUCAACAUCAGAGAGGGCUUCCAGCAGAACGCCGUGUUCGGCUUCCGACGCCAGAUCAAGAAACGCCCCCUCUUCCUGUCCUCCAUGGUCCUCACGCCACAUCUACAGACUCUUGGUGGCCUCUCCUCCUUUUCCCCCUCCUCCUCCACUGUGGAUCUGUCCGUUUCUCUCCCUCUCUCUCCGUCCUCCACCAACACUCCCAGCGUAUUCCCAGAGACCUGGUUACCCAUGACAACCAGCCAGGACUUCCUGCAGGUUCCGGUAUCCUGUGACGACCGGAGCUAUCGGACCGUCUACACCCUCUUCCACAAGACUGUGUCCGAAACCAAGUUCCGCAUUCUAAAGAUCCUCCGCGUUCAGAACCCCUUCCUCUGGGAGAAAUACAAGAGGAAGAAGGAGUACAUGUCUCGUCGUCUCUCGGAGAUGGACAGGAUGCUGAGCGAGCGUCACCUGUUCCACGGCACCUCCACUGAGGUGGUGGAGGGCAUCUGUAAACACAACUUUGACCCGCGUGUCAGUGGCAAACACGCCACCAUGUUCGGACAAGGCUCCUACUUCGCCCGCAAGGCCGUCUACUCUCAUAACUUCUCCAAGCGCUCUCCUAAAGGGAUCCACUCCAUGUUCCUGGCCAAAGUCCUCACUGGCAGGUUUACAGUGGGGAACCCCUCCAUGCGUCGGCCGCCCCCACUCAGCCCCCGGGACCCCUCCAGUGACCUGUACGACUCGUGUGUAGACAACUGGGUGGACCCCCAGAUCUAUGUUAUAUUCAACGACGACCAGAGCUACCCCUACUUUAUCAUCCAGUACGAAGAGGUUCCCAGUACUGUGGCUAUCUGACACGAGACCAGACUGAACCAAACCCAGUACUGUGACUAUAUGAGAACAGACCAGACUGAACCAAACCCAGUACUGUGACUAUAUGAGAACAGACCAGACUGAACCAAACCCAGUACUGUGACUAUAUGAGAACAGACCAGACUGAACCAAACCCAGUACUGUGACUAUAUGAGAACAGACCAGACUGAACCAAACCCAGUACUGUGACUAUUUGAGAACAGACCAGACCGAACCAAACCCAGUACUGUGACUAUAUGAGAACAGACCAGACUGAACCAAACCCAGUACUGUGACUAUAUGAGAACAGACCAGACCGAACCAAACCCAGUACUGUGACUAUAUGAGAACAGACCAGACCGAACCAAACCCAGUACUGUGACUAUAUGAGAACAGACCAGACUGAACCAAACCCAGUACUGUGACUAUAUGAGAACAGACCAGACCGAACCAAACCCAGUACUGUGACUAUAUGAGAACAGACCAGACCGAACCAAACCCAGUACUGUGACUAUAUGAGAACAGAACAGACUGAACCAAACCCCCUACUGUGACUAUAUGAGAACAGACCAGACUGAACCAAACCCAGUACUGUGACUAUAUGAGAACAGACCAGACUGAACCAAAUCAGAGACACUUCGUACUUCACCAUCAGUAUGAGAAGUUAACCAGUACUGUCAGUAUCUGAGACCUGAGCCCAGGAACCAAACAACCAAGACUCUGGAUAUAUUUACCGUGGUUUCUCCCAACACCAGUCAUCCACAGCAGCUUCCGUCUGUAUUCGGUUGGUUUGAAGCCCUGGCUUAUGGGGCAGCCAUUCUGGGACUUCUUAAACUGGACUGUAGAUGGAGUUUCAUUUGGACCCAGAAUAGAUAUUUGCUUUAGUUUCUGACAUUUUGGAUUCACAUCAGAAUUGAGCAGUGGAUUCACAUCGGAAUUGAGCAGUGGAUUCACAUCGGAAUUGAGCAGUGGAUUCACUUCAGAAUUGAGCAGUGGAUUCACAUUAAAAUUGAGCAGUGGAUUCACAUUAAAAUUGAGCAGUGGAUUCACAUCAGAAUUGAGCAGUGGAUUCACAUCGGAAUUGAGCAGUGGACAGUGUCACUGAGACUGUGUUGGAGUGACAACAUAAGUUUUCUGUUUAAAACCAAACCCCCUAACACCCCCAUCUCUCUCUUUAAGACUCUCUCUCUCCCCCCUUUCUCUCCCCCCUUUCUCUCUCUCUCUCCCCCCUUUCUCUCUCUCUCUCUCUCCCCCCUUUCUCUCUCUCUCUCCCCCCCUUUCUCUCUCUCUCUCUCUCUCUCUCUCUCUCUCUCUCUCUCUCUCUCUCUCUCUCUCUAUCUCUCUCUCUCUCUGCCCCCUUUCUCUCUCUCUCUCUCUGAGGGCAGACAUGUUUGCUGAGACAAACUGUACAUAUGUUCUCCCUGUUUAUAUUUGAACUUGCGUGCCUUUUGUUCAUAAAAAUGUUUAUUUAUGUUAGUUAAUGUAACAUUGAGUAAAUAAAGAAUCUAAAAGAGAAAAUCAUAGAACUGUCCAAGGUGAUU